UAUCGCAAGUUGUCUGUCAGUGAUCGCGCUUGUCCAGUAAGCAGUGUGGAUCUUAAUGACUUAUUCAACGAGUCCUGUCGUGUUGUUGGCGAGAAGUUUCUAAAAUGCUACCUCACGGGUUCAAAAGAAAGAGUACGCGAAAAACUGGAGAAGGUAUUGAAAGAUAAAGGGCUGAAACCUCACUUUCAGUAUAACCCUGCGUCUGGAAACUUCAGCUGGAAAUUUGAUUUUGCUGAGCGGCCUGAUACAGAUCAACCAACCAGGCCAAAAACCAGCAUCCCAAAAGCCCACUCUCCAAGGGAAGACCAAGGCAUGGACACAAGGAGUAAGUCUGCUACCGUGGCGAAAUCCUUUGAUGUGGGACGCAGGAGACUAGGAAUAUACACAGAAUUGCCAGAAAAUAUCCAGUCUCUAGGGUUCCGAAGACCAAGUAAAAAGUCUGUUAGAAAGCAGGUCAAGUCAGCACCUAUUGUCUCGGAGCAGUGUAAAAUUCAUUUUGUCCAGGAGCCGGAAAUAACACAGUCUGACCCCAAUAUACAAAUUGUCAUUACGAAUAAAGAGAAAGAUGUUACAACAGAACCACCAGAAAAGAACAGCGAAAUAGAAAGUGGUGAGGAGGAAGCGCCUGCGCAAUACGAAGACCUCUGUCUUCCGUCGGUGUAUCUUAGAAAAAAGCCCGCAGAAAAACAGCCCCUUACAGUGUGUUUCAGCCUCAAAGACAAUGAAAACUUAACACACAAAGAACUGAAAAACCAUAUCGAGGCUGAGAUGGGGGUCAAGGUCAUGCGUCUGCAGUAUGAACCGCUGUCUGUGAGGUCAGGUGAUCCCAGUGUCAAUGGCCGUUGGUUAGCAACCAUGAGGAACCUGUUCGAAGUUGACACACUUUUACGAAAAGGCUUCUACAUGAAUGGUAAUCACAUGAUAGUCAAACGAUGGGACGAGAUUUGUGAGAAAGAGUACAGGAAUUACAGGUACAUGCAAGAUAUAAACAACGAAAGGGAGAGAUUAAAUUUACCCUCAUCCAAAUCUUCACGAAAAUUCUUCAAAGGAUGUAGUUGAUUGAAAAAAAGCGAAAAUUUUACAAUUGUGAGUUAUUUAGCUGAUUGUAUAUUAUUGUUCCUAACUGUUUCUAUUACUUGUGUGUAGUUUGUUUUUAUUGUGAAAAAGAACUCUUGUUCAUAAAAUCAAUUUUGUUAAUGUACAUUUAAAAAAGGAUUAGAUAGUAAAGAA